GAACAGGCUAUUCCUUGUAUGGCUGGAGACACUGUUGGGAUAGUUUGGUCAGAUGCUAUCAAAGGAGUUAUUUGGAAGUCCAUCUGCUCAUACAGAUACCCAAGUCAAGAUUCAUGGGCUUCUCUUAUUUUAGUGCCUUGCUGUUUGAAUUAAAGUGGAGAGAAGUUGGGAGGAGUCUUGCUGGCACAGGCAGGAAAUAGUUAAGAGCCUUACAUAUCACCUGGGAAAGCAAUUCUUUGAUUUUUCAGAGGGCGCUAACAUGCUGCAGUUCAUAGGAAACAAAGGAAAGGGGAUCAAGUAUAAAAGUUGUUCUUGGAUUUUAUUUUCAGUGGCAGAACUUGUGAGGGCUGGAUAUUGAUGUCUGCUGGAAAAUAUGGAAUUUUGGAUUAAAAAGAAUUAUUUUUUUCUUAUUCAUUUGGAAAAUGAUCUGUGAGGUGCAGGUGAAGCUGUGGACAUUCGCAACUUCUGAACUAUCUGUUCUGAGAGUCUGACUGGACAGGAAUCUUUCAUCACCCCACCCUAUUUUGCAUUAGUGUGUUAGUUGAUUAUUUUCUAGCCCUUUGAGCUCUCCUUUGGAUUCUUUCCAGUUAGCCUGUUAUCUUUCCUGAAGUGUGUUGCCUCAAACUGAACAAGACUUCAGCAGAAGCUUUACAAGAGCCAACUGGAGAGAGAGAAGGACUCAGCUGAUCUCAGUGGUGUCAGAAAGAUAAAUUUCCUCCUGAGCUUUUCUUCCCCACUUGGAGUUGCCUCAAGUACUUGUUUUCAACUCUGCCACUGAUGUCCAUAUGAUUUGGUGUGGCUAUCCUCAUAAACUAAAAAAUAUGUCCAUUCGAGGCCUGAAGAAGAAACAACCAAAGACUUUUAAAGUCAAAAUUGUAACGGUGGAUGCUGAAAUGGAGUUCAGCUGUGAGAUGAAGUGGAAGGGAAAGGACUUGUUUGACCUGGUGUGCCGAGCACUUGGUUUAAGGGAGACUUGGUUCUUUGGCUUGCAGUACACAAUAAAAGGAAUGUGCACCUGGUUAAAGAUGGACAAAAAGGUUUUAGAUCAAGAAAUCCCCAAAGAAGAUCCCAUUAGCUUUCACUUUUUGGCUAAAUUCUACCCAGAGAAGGUAGAAGAGGAACUGUUACAGGAAAUUACUCAGCAUUUAUUCUUCCUUCAGGUUAAGAAACAAAUACUGGAUGAGGAAAUCUAUUGUUCUCCAGAAGCAACAGUUUUACUGGCUUCUUAUGCUGUUCAGGCCAAGUAUGGUGACUAUGAUCCAAGCUUUCAUGAGCCAGGCUUUCUAGCCCAUGAUGAACUUUUACCCAAAAGGGUCCUCAGGCAGUAUCAGCUGACAGCCGAGAUGUGGGAAGAAAAGAUUACUGCUUGGUAUGCUGAACAUAGGGGUAUUGCCAGGGAUGAAGCUGAGAUGAACUACCUGAAAAUUGCCCAAGACUUGGAAAUGUAUGGUGUCAAUUAUUUUCCAAUUGCUCAAAAUAAAAACCAUACAGAUCUCCUACUUGGAGUUGAUGCCAAAGGUAUUCAUAUCUACAGCAUUAAUAACAGGUUCUCUCCAAAUAAGUCGUUUGAGUGGAGUGCUAUCAGAAACAUUUCCUAUAGUGAGAAAGAGUUAACUAUUAAACCUCUUGACAAAAAAGCAGAAGUCUUCAAGUUCUUUUCCUCUCAGCUCAAAGUGAACAAAUUGAUUUUGCAGUUGUGCAUUGGAAACCAUGACCUAUUUAUGAGGAGAAGAAAAGUGGACUCAAUAGAGAUCCAGCAAAUGAAAGCACAAGCCAGGGAAGAAAAAGCUAGAAAAAAGAUGGAGAAUCAAAGGCUGGCCAGGGAGAAGCAACUCCGAGAAGAAGCUGAGCGAGCCAAAGAAGAGCUGGAAAGGCGUCUUUUCCAGCUGGAAGAUGAAGCCAGGCAGGCCAAUGAGGCGCUGCUCCGAUCCCAGGAAGCAGCAGAGUUGCUGGCUGAGAAAGCUCAGAUUGCAGAAGAAGAGGCAAAAUUGCUGGCCCAGAAUGCUGCAGAAGCUGAGCAAGAGCGACAGAGGCUGGAGAUCACAGCCCUGAAAACCAAGGAGGAGAAACGCCUGAUGGAGCAAAAGAUGCGAGAGGCAGAGCUGAUAGCAGUGAAGCUGGUGAAGGAGUCUGACCGGAGAGCCAAGGAAGCAGAGCAUCUGAAACAAGAUCUGCAUGAAGCCAGAGAGGCUGAACGGAAAGCGAAGCAGAAACUCUUAGACAUAACGAGGCUUAAUUACCCUCAUGUGGUCAAGUACCCGCAGUACUCCCCAACUGACACCAGAGAUGUCAACUUUGACAAAGGAUCCAUAAAGCUGGAUUUGAAGGACAUUGACCUCAAGAGACUGUCCUUUGAGAUAGAGAGAGAGAGGCUAGACUACUUAGAAAAAAGCAGAAAAUUUGAAGAUCGACUGAAGGAACUGAAGUCUGAAAUUCAUGCUUUGAAAUUGGAAGAAAAACAGUCUGGGCUUUACUGUCAUUGGAAUGAAGUACUGGGAUCCUUGGAUCGCUCCUUAGGAAAUACGUCACCAUGGAUGAAAGCCUUCGAAACUGGAGAAUCAUUGGAUAUAAAUCUUCAAAGACCUUUCCCUGCUUACUCAUUAAAUACUACAAGCAGUUGGCCUUGUACCAACAAAAUUCAACACACAGUGCCAGUGGAAAAAUCAUCUUUUCAAGCAGAUUCCUUGGUUGCCAAUAGUGUGGGCACAGGAACCAGAAAACAGAUUGUAAAGGUUCAGCAGCAUGACUCGGAUGUGAUCUACAUUUGAAGCCUCUUGUUUCCUUACCAGACUGGUAAAUCCUGGUGGCCAUCUUUUUGGCUGCUGCAAAAUGCACCUAUAUGAGGACACUUGCGCAGCUCUGCUGACAGGCAUCAGCACAAGAGACAUGCUACUGUAGUUAGAGCGGUGUCAUUCAGCUUCCAAGUAGAUAAUGUAAGCUGGGAGAGCUAAAACUGCCAGUAUAAAAGGGCUAGUGUCUUUGGGUACAAUGGUAAACAUACAAACCCAGAGGAGUGUUGUUUACUACUUAUGCACUUUUGAAGAAACACUUCAGACUUCGCUAAACCUUCUUCCCCCAGGUGUUUUUACCUACUGACUUAGCAGUAUGGUACUGUACUCUUGUAGAAAGGAUGCUAGGCAGCAAGUUUCCAGGAGAUGUUUGGGAUGAGGGAAAAAAAAAAUUGUACAUUAACUUGGUGUUUACCUACACAAUAGACUGAUCAUGUUUUUGGUCCGAUCCGUAGGACAAGACUCCCAUAGAGUUGCUCAACAUUUUAGUGUUUGCCUUCCAAAUAUUUUUUUCCUUGGCUUCCCCAAACAUUUCUUAGUUCACUCAAUUGAUCUGCAUUUCUCUAUGAGAAAUGUCAGCUUUUAAUUCCAGAUGUAGGAGUGGACAUCUUCAAAUACCUCUCAUUCCUGGGGGAAUCCGUCGUUUGGAAUGCAAAGCUUCUGUUCUCUCUACAGCUUCUGACUAGGGCCAAGCACUUUCUGUUGCUUUUGCUGUUCCAGCAAACUUUGCAUACAUUAACUUGUUUCCCGUUCUGUGUAACACAGCUUACAAAUUAGACAAAGACAAAAGAUGCUAUCGGUAUCUGCUAAAGCUGGACUUGUUUCUGAUGGAGGGGUGCAUGCAGCAAAAUGUCUGCCUCAUUAGUAAAACCUACUUGCGUUUUGUGUGUGUUUAAAUGUCUGUUUCACCAUAAAUCUUUGUUCUGAGUACUUCUGGGGAAGCAGAUAAUAUGCAGGUGUAGCGACAGUAGCAGCACAGCUGAGCAUGUGACAUGUGAUGUAAAAAUUAACAUUAAUGUUAAAUGUGUUGUUCUAAAAGCCAAGCUUCAAAAAACCACCAUUCAAUAAAAAGCUUCAAUUUCUACUUGCUAGUAACAGCUUUGAACUGAAUGUUGGGUCAAUAUUACAACAAUAACAAGGCAAGUUCUAAGAACAAACACACAAAUCUCCUCUGUCCACAACUCUGACAGACUGAGAGCACGGUGGGGGAUAGCAUCUGUAGCCAGCUCUGUUCUCAGACUUUUACCAGUCAUGACACUUACACAGGAAGAUGCACAUAAUGGCGAUCUGCGGUGGUGUUCUGUUGUCUUGUUUUCUCAGCCUUGAGAUAAAUUACUGCCUUAGGUGGGUGGGUGGGGUGCAUUAAUUCUCUUUACAGCUCUGAUAUGAGAUGUUUGCAGGCUGUUGGCAAUUGCAUGGAUAGUUUCUGAUCUGUCUGGGAAGAGCCUUGUGUGUGAGAUGGAGAAGCUGUCAGAGGUAUCAGACUGAAAAGGCAGAUGUAGCCAAGGUGCCAAGGGGUUGGGUAGGUGGCACUGACCAGGACUUAGACAGUGAUGAGACAGGAAAUAGUGCUAGAGGAAAACAGUGCAGAACAAUUCUGGGUGCGGCAUUCUUGGAUUUGGGGGUGGGGAGGAGUGCUGGGAUUUCACUGGUUCUUCUUUUCCUGUUGCAUCUUUUUGGCGUGUAUCUUGCUGCAGAUAACUAAGCUUGUACCCUCAUUCUGUCACGUGUGCUGGGGCUUCCUUUUGCUUUUGUGUCUGAGCUGCAUCAUGGUCUAGGACAUAGAGGAAGAGAACUGCUCCAAAUGCAGGUUAAUUUCUGUGGGCUUGGUCCUGUGUAUCACAGUGAACAAAAGGACAGGGUCACACUGCUGCCAGCUUAAAAAUGAAGCCUAUCUGCACAAGCUGUCCUCAGCCUGCUGGCUCACAGGUAUUCUCGCUGUGCAUUGCUCAUGCGCAACGCUAUCUUCCUGCAUACUUGUAUGGGUGUUUGAAAGAUUAGCUGGGGUAAAAGAAGCAGGGAUCUGCUGGAGAAAUAUCUGCACAACCACAGAUGGAGUCAGAUGCUGUUGCUGGGAGGGCACUGUGAAGAGAAGUGCCACCUGGGCAUCAGUUUACUUAAAGCCU